AUGAAUGCCAUACCGGGGGGACUUGGUCACACAGUGGACAACCGACGUGAUCAGGCCCAGAAGACAAUGUUCCUUAGACUGGUACUGUGGAUAGCUUUACCUGCUGGUAUCCAAGCGGUGGGGGAUUCCAAGAAUAAUUAUGCGGAUUCUAAAGAACAAAAGACCCCGGAUGGGUACUGGUUUGUGACGUCAUUGUUGAAUAACACCAGGAUGAUCAUUACCAUAUUCGAUGUCGAGCUCCACAACAUAGCGUUGGCCAUUGACGAGCAGGGCAUCGAGGCCAUUGACUUCCACGGUACACCAACAUCCUUUGUAAAGAUACCAAACAAUGGAGACUGGAAUGGAGACAAUGCCUUCACGUGGUGCUUUCUGCUGUAUACAGAUGUUGAACAAACAGCCAUCAUAAUGGAAUAUGAAGGCGUCACGGGGGCGGCGGAUGGUGUUAGGUUGACGCUACAAGGAACAAACAUCACAGGACAAGUGUUUGAUAAGAAUGGCAGCGUCUUUGGAAGCCAUACACAUGAUGGCUUGAAGCUGAGUUCCUGGAACUAUGUUCUCUUCAGCUACAACAAUAUCUGGGGGCAUAUUGAUGUACAGAUCAAUGAUAUAAUGCAAGGGGAUUUUCGAUCAUCGCCAGGGGUAGAGGCUAACGCCUUGGGGGACAUUAAAAUAGGAGGUUCGGUUGAUGGGACUGGUCCCUUCAAGGGAAAAAUAGCAUGUAUCCAGUUCUACGAAGUGGCAUUUUUAAAGAAAGGUCUUCUGGAGGUUGACAAUUUCUAUAUGGCUGCGUUAAACGAAAGGAAAGAACUGCUAAAUUUGGCCGGGGUGGAAGAAAUUGAAAAAGAAGUUAACGAUUUCGCUACUUCAAAAAAGCAAGAGGCACCUGCUGCAUUCUGGCCGAUAUCCUCCACACUUAACCACGAUGGUGAGGUGGAGAAGUCAAGCUUCUUGAUGGAACUCCAUGAUGCGGAGUUGAUCCAAAUGGGCACUGGAGCUGAAGCCGUGGAGCUGAAGGGAACACCGACUUCCUACGUAACCAUCCCCAACGACGGGGGCCUGAAUGGCGUCAGUGCAUUUUCCUGGUUUUUAAAAAUUUACCCAAAAGCUGAACAGAGAGCAACUAUUCUGGAAUAUGCUGGCGCCGAUGGAUGUGGAGAUGGGCUGCGGCUUUUACAGAGUGGCACGAAUUUAACGGUUGUGAUGUACAACGAACAUGGUCAUCCUUAUGGCGAAUAUGCUCGAGAUGUUUUGAUCAUCAAUCAGUGGAAUUUUAUAGGAAUCACGUACAACAAAUAUUGGGGUCACAUUGAUAUUAUUUACAAUAAAGAUGACACAUAUUUCGAGACCUUCAAUCUCCAAGUUUCAACAAAUGCAGUUGGUGAUAUCACUAUCGGUAGUUCCGUGAACGGGACAGACCCGUUUCAUGGCAAUAUAAACUGCAUACAGUUCUACAAUAAGACACUAUUCAAGGCUGCACUAGAUCAUCUUACGGAUUUCUGUGACCCUGCGCUGCUUACUAAUAUAGCUUGGGCUAAUGGACACACGACGGUCUCAUCCUCCACCUCAACACCUGCAUCUACGGGCACAGUUACAUACACGGCUACAGACACGGCGACAGACACGACUACAAACACGGCGACAGACACGACUACAGACACGACACGUCGCCAGACACAGCGCCAGACAGGACUACAUACACGGUGA